GUGACUUCCGGUACCAAUGUCAACUAUGAAUGAUCUCGGAGAAGAAGAAACACAGAAAUCGAAGUCGUUAGUUUCACUAGAGGAUAACACUCUACAGAAUGAUGAGGAAGAAAAAAGAGCCUUAAGUGACAUACCACAGAUUCCACAGAUUCCUAAAGUUAAGGCAAAACCUGCUCCAAAGCCAAAGAAACCACCAGAGAUCCCCAUAUUUGAGCGUAAGAACUGGUUGAUCCACCUGCACUAUGUGAAGAAGGAGUACGAUGUGUGCAAGUCUCUGAUCAAAGAACAGCUCACUGAGACUGGGGGGAUGUGUGAAUAUGCUGUCUAUGUUCAAGCUUUGAUUCUGAGACAGGAGGGGCGGAUCCAGGAGUCCUUGGAGCUCUUCCAGACCUGCUCACUUCUCAACCCUAACAAUGCUGAUAACCUCAAACAAGUGGCAAGAUCUUUGUUCCUAUUGGCCAGACAUAAGGCUGCAAUAGAUGUGUACAAUGAGGCCGCAAAGAUAAGUGAGAGAGACUGGGAGGUGGUCCACAACCAGGGCAUAUGCUACCUGUACCUGAAGGAGUAUGAGAAAGCCAAGGAGUGUUUGAAGCAGGCUAUUGCCUUUGCCCGUCAUGACCUGUCCUAUAUCAUGCUGGCCAAGAUUUACUUGAUGGAAGGAGAUAUUAACCAGGCUAUAGAGGUCUACAAGAGAGCUGUGGAGUUUUCUCCAGAAAACCCAGAUAUUUUGAGCACUAUGGGCCUGCUGUACAUGCAGGUUGGUCAGUUCCAGAAAGCUUUUGAACACCUUGGAAAUGCGUUGACUUACAACCCCACCCACACCAAGGCCAUCCUUGCUGCAGGCAGCAUGAUGCAGAAUCAUGGCGAUUUCGAUGUGGGGUUGACCAAGUAUCGAAUUGCAGCACAAGAGACGCCUGAGAGUGCACCUCUGUGGAAUAACAUUGGGAUGUGCUUCUUUGGAAAGAAAAAGUUUGUAGCAGCCAUCAGCUGUUUGAAGAGAGCCAACUACCUGGCACCAUUUGACUGGAAGAUCCUGUACAACUUGGGUCUGGUACAUCUCACCAUGCAGCAAUAUGCCUCAGGAUUCCACUUCCUGAGUGCCGCCAUUAACCUGAGACCAAAAUAUGGACAUCUCUUCAUGUUACUGGCAGGUUGGUUGUUGGAGGUGGGUACCAAGCUGGGUCCAGCUCUUCAAGUUGGUGAAAGUUUAGUGUGGAAAAAAGAACAGCAGAUGGCAGCACCAGCAGAACAGAAUACAAGACAGUCCCCUCCUGCAGAAGCCACUGGGCCCUCAGUGCCGCCCCCUAGUGCCACUUUCCAAGAGCCCAGACCAUUGAAACAGAGUGCGCCUUUGGCACCAAUCAGAGGCCCUUCUGUGGAGAAUAACAACAGCAGCGAUGUGAAGUCGGAAGAAAAUGUUGCAGAAGUUGUACCAAAAUCAGGGCUGUCAGGUGUGGAUGAUUUACCCUCGCCUCCAACAGAGACGCCUGCUAUGAAUAUAAUCGAUGAUGCACCUGAGCCCCCGUCUCAUGACCCUGAAGAAAAAGAUCAACCCAGAAUUCCCAAGAGAGAGGUGUUACCGCCAUUAUAAGGAAAAGAUGGCAGUUGUACUGUGAUCGGAUAUCAGAUAACUUUAUCCAAAGUUUUAUGAACUAAUUCUAACUUGUGAUGACAUAUCAGCAUGGAUAGAUACAACUAACAUGGGAACUGUUGGAUAGCUGUUGUGAAAAGGCCGUAGAAAGAUUUUCUAGCACUUGUUAUAAAGAAGCCUAUACCUACAGAUGGGGAUAGAACCUAGUAUGUUGUCAAGGGGUGCUCAGAGGGGGGUCUGUAGCAUGUGCUAUACUGGGGCCUGGAAUAGGGUAACAGCCUCUAUUGCAUAAAUAUGACUGGGUUCAAUUUAUGAAGGUCAAUGUAGCUAAAAAGAUUGGGAGUCAAAAGAUUUGGCAAUAGAAGAAAACCGUUUGGUUGUUUUUCAUUAAUUUUUGGUUGUUGGUUCAGCCUGAAGUAUUUAGUCUUUGUAAUUUGCUGGAACAAAAUUUGCCUGAGCUUACUCUGAAAGAUUAAAAAUACAUUUAUCAGUUUUAAUAACUUUUAUGUUUUCAAGCAGCUUUUUAUUUGUCAAAUCACUUUAAUUUAUUAUUUCAUAGCAACAUGUGUCUGUAACUUUUUAUUUGGAAAAUGUUGCUUAUAUAAAUGGUAUUGUCUUGCUAUUGGGAAAUGUAAAAAUUGUUAAAGGGAUAACAACUGUUUGUAUGAAAGUCAUAUAACUAAAUACAUUGCAGACUAACUUUGAAAGUUGGAAUGGAUCAUUAAUCAUUAGUAAGCAUGGAAAAUUAGUUAUCUCAGGAAAAUCAGUUUUUUGGCCAAAACGAACAGUUGUUAUCCUUUUAAUACAAACUAUAGAUAUUAUGAAACUGCUAAAUGAAUCCCAGAUAUUUUCUUAAGAAUAAGAUGUUGUUAGCCAGGAAUAAAUCAAGUUUAAAAUUGUCAGAAUUUGUGCAGUUACGUUGUCAGGUUUUAAGGGGUUGGGGGGAAUGGCUGGAAUUUGUUGAAUCCAGGAGUUGAACUAAUCUGAACUGUCACAUAUCAGACAUUAUUUAGCAUCUUUCAUGAUUCUGUCAUGUCUAAUGGAAAAAAGUGCAAAGCACAAGCCGUGUUGUAUUAAAAUCUUCAUGAUACUUUAUUUGAAUGUUUUACAUUAUUGCGGAUUAUGCCUACAAAUUAAAAAUCUCUCAUACUUCUGAAAAGUUGAAAGUAUUUGAAAAACUCCCGUGACAGUAAUAUAUCUAUUUUGGUCAAAGUAUUGAGUGUUACACAUUGUCACUAUGUUUGCACUGAAGUUCAAUGGAACAUACUUCAAAUGUUCAAGAUGUUUUGUUUUAACAACUACUGUUUUUAUUAACAAUACAAUUAAGUUAACUGACGAGUACAUAAUUGUCGCUCUACUCUCCAUUUGUGACUGAAUGUGACAUUAAAUAUAUGACUUUAAUAAUCAUUGCAAAUAAUGAAAUAUAUAAAAAGAUCAUUUUAAAACAGUUUUCUCUGCUUGUCAAAUGAAAGUUGUCACAAUGACUAUACAACUUUUAGAGAAAACACUAAAAUCACAGUUAUCUUAAGCUUGUAUAUAGACUAGAAUUAUUGUGUAGCUGCAUUUAACGUAACAAUAUCAGAAUUGUAUUGCCCUUUGUUAGACGUAGCAACCUUUUUGCACUGAGAAUUGCUGUCUGAUAAAUCAAAAUAAUGCACAUCUUACAAACAGAUUGAUUGAAAUUUGACAAUGGAGGGAAAAAGCUCACUUGAGACUUUCACGGUAUUUUGAGGAUAAAAAUGAUGGGUGCAGAGUUAAAAACUUGUGACAAAACAACAUCUCUCUUCAUCCUUAAAAA